CCCGCCCUCCCGGGGAGGGAGGGCCUGGCGUUGCGUCUGGCGCGCGGGGCGUGGCUCUCUUUGCCGGCCUCAGCCCGGGCGCCGGAGGCGGGAGGGAGCGGCGCGGGUCCGCGGAUGGCAUGGCAGGGGCUCCGGGCGCGGCGGGCCCAGCCUCCCCGGAGCAGCCGGCUCCGGAGCAGCCCCCGCCGGGCGGCCUCGGGAACGAGCAGAAGUGCCAGCUCAUGCUGCUGCGGACGCUGCAGACCAAUCCGUAUGUCAAACUUCUACUUGAUGCCAUGAAACAGUCUGGUUGCGCUGUUAGCAGAGAAAGACACUUCUCGUGCGAAGACUGUCUUGGGAACGUCAGUGGAGGCUUUGAUGCGUCCGUGUCUCAGAUUGUUUUGUGCCAGAAUAAUAUCCGUAAUCAGGCCCAUAUGAACAGAGUGGUCACCCACGAGCUCAUUCAUACGUUUGAUCAUUGUCGUGCUCAUGUCGACUGGUUCACCAAUGUCAGACAUUUGGCCUGCUCAGAGAUUCGAGCUGCUAACCUCAGUGGAGACUGCUCACUUGUGAAUGAAAUAUUCAGAUUACGUUUUGGAUUAAAACAACACCAUCAGACUUGUGUCAGAGACAGAGCCAUUCUUUCUAUCCUGGCUGUUAGGAAUGUCAGCAAAGAAGUAGCCGAAAAAGCUGUUGAUGAAGUUUUUGAAUCGUGUUUCAAUGACCAUGAACCUUUUGGAAGGAUCCCACAUAACAAGACAUAUGCAAAAUAUGCUCAUAGAGACUUUCAAAACCGUCAUCGGUAUUACUCAAAUAUAUGAAGGCAAUGACAUUUUAUAUUACCUCAGUGAUCAUGAAGAAAAUAUGGUUCUCAGGUACACAAAUGUAUAAAACAUAAAUGAUCAGUUAAAUACAGACAAGACAGAAGAUGCUGAUUCUAGCAUAUUAUCAGAAAAUGUAACUCUGGUGAAAAAUGAAACUGCCUUAAACUUCAAGGCAGAAAUUAUAUCUGUAUAGCCAAUCAUUCAGUGAAUAAGGCAAAUCAAUUACGUUUUUGUAUUUUCUACAUUGUA